UGUGCCUUACCUUAAAUAUUACCUUACCAAUGCUAGUACUGUCGUAAACCCAAGUAAUAUAUUUGUUUGUCCGAUGAUACGAUGUCCACUCAAUCGAAUCCGGAUCGACUGAAACGGUUAGCGUACAUCGAAGACCAGCGAAACCAGAAACCGGGACACUGUAAUCGUUUCCUGCAUGUCGUCAUUGAUCCGGCUUUCCUGCGAGAACCGCACGGUGCCCAGGUGCUGCCGAAGCUCACCGAACUGGGCUGCAAGUAUGAGCUGCACCAGCAAUCGAGCCCAUCGACCGUUACCUUCUAUCGCACCGUUCCGACCAAAGUAACCGUCACCGGCACCGUAUCGGACACACGUGUAGACGAACCGUACGCCGUACUGCUGCUCGAUGGCGCAAACUUCGUUACCUACGUACAAAACCACCAGCUUCUGGCCAUCAUUCGAUCAGUAAAGCAAGGACUCCUGGAGGCCGGACCAUUUGGAGACAAACUGGACAGACGGUUGAGUUUGCUGGUCUUUGGUUUGGUAAGCUACUGCCGGGAACACCGUGGAUGCGUUGGCCGCCGGCAGACUGAGCAAGCGCUCACCGAACUCCAACUCUACGAGGACAUAUCGCAUCAGCUGCUGGAAACGGAUGAACAGGUGGGAACAUUCGUGGCUCAACUGGCGCGAAGCAUCGCCGAACGACCCUACAAACAGCAACAGGAAGAGCGGUACGGUGGCGCUGACCAGGGACAAUACUUUGGCAAUGAGAAAAAGGGAUGCGUGCGAGUUGAAGGAUUGGCAGGUUUGCAGCAAUUGUUCCAAGCGCAGCUCAUAAAGAUACCAUCCGUAACCCUCGAGAUCGCCGAAGCCAUCCUCAGUGUCUAUCCGACAUUAAACGCACUGAUGGAAGCAUUUCGCGUUGCCGGUGAACAGCAUGCACCGAACCUUCUCGCUUCGAUCGCGAUUCGCCGAGCCGGUGGUCCGAUUGCCACAACUGCACGAAAGAUAGGGCCUGAGUUGAGUCGCAAAAUUUACCUACUGUACACUUCCACAAAUCCAAAACAAGAACUAUGA